CUCCUGAUCUCAAGUGAUCCUCCUAUCUUGGCCUCCCAGAGUGUUAGGAUUACAGGUGUGAGCUACAAUGCCUGACCAGGGUUUGGGCUUUUUAUUGGUGUUAUAAAAGGUAAAGAAAAAAAGUACUUAUUGUUGCAAAAUGAUAACAGAAGGCAGCUGUGUUUGUCUCUCUUCUCUGCUAGGCUGGCUUUAUCAGUCUUAUCAGAAUGUGUUCUGGCGGAUAUGGGGGAGGGUCACUCCCCUCCUGUCUGUGGGAACUCUUCAAGUGCUGUAAAACAAACUCUUAAAGAGAAAAACCCAAGCCACAGGUGGUUAAGCAAACAAAGGGGCAGUUGUGUGCUGUGAUUCCCCCACUUUUUUUCUCUGUUAGAUAGUUUAUUAGCAAAGCCAUCCUCUCACUGCACACUUUCAAAAGGCCCAGCAACAUCCUGUGCCAAAGGAUUGGGAGCUCUUAUGGAGCCUGGCCCUCCAUUACCAUCUCAGGGACAGCUCCUUAUGUGCUGAGGCAGAUAGAGAGGACAUACAGGUAACCCAGCAACACCUCAUGCUGAGCAUUUGAGGGCCUUCCUCAAAGUAUGGAACCCCCCCCCAUGGCCACUCCAGGAGCAGUUUCACAGGCACUGAGGCAGAUAGUAAAGACACACACACCCUCAAGAGGCCCAGCAACACCCUCAUCCAGGUGCACUGGGGCCUCCCGCAGAAUCUGGUCGCCCAUGGCCUCCACAGGAGCAGUUUUACAGGUGCUGAGGCAAAUAGAGAGGAACUUCACACCUUCAAAAGGCCCAGAAACACCCUGUGCCCAUAUCUUUGGGUCUAUACCUCAGAGAUUGGCUCCCCAAGAUGCUCCAGUGGCAGCUUAACAAGCACUGAGGCAGGCAAUGAGGAUGCAUGCACCUUCUAAAGUCCCAGCAAUACCCUACGCUGGGAGAUUGGGUUCAUCUUGUGGAGCCUGGCCCCAAAUGUCCACCCAAGGGGCAGCUCCACAGGUGCUCAAGCAGAUAGUGAGGACCUGUACAACCAGAGUCCCAGUAAUACCCUGUGCCAGUGCAUGGGGGCCUCUCCUGAGAGCAUAUAGGCCUGUAGCCACCUUCACAGGCAAUGUGGCAGAUAAUGAGGAUAUGAACAACUGCAAAAGGUCUAGCAACACCCUUAGCCAGGACCUUGGGGGCCUCCUGUGGAGUCUGGCCCACCUUAACAGGUGGUGGGGCACUGAGUGAGGAUGUGCACACCUUCAAGUGGACCAGCAAUCCCCUGCACUGAAAACUUAGGUGACUCCCACUGAGACUGGCCACUCAUGGUCACCCAAGGGGAAGAUUCACACACAUUGAGGCAGAUAGGACAUGCAUAACUUCAAGAGUCCCAGCAACACUCUGUGAUGAGAGCUUGGGGGUUUCCUGUGGAGCCUGGAACCCAUGGCCACUUUCACAGGCGCUACAGAAGAUAAUGAGUAUAUGUACAACUUCACGAGGCCAAGCAACACACCAUGCCAAGGGCUUUGGGGCCUCCCAGGAAGUCUUGCCCACCAUGACCACCCCAGGGGCAGCUUCACAGGCACUGAGGCAGACAGUGAGAACAUACACACCUUCAAGAGGCCCAGGAAAACCCUGUGAUGGCAGUUUUUUGGCCUCCAAGUAUGCAACGUGUGCAUUCCAGCCAGCCACUCUCAGCUUACCUGAUGUCUAGGACAUUUCUCACUGGACAAGAGCCACAGUGCCAUGGCAUUGCCACCCCUGGGGCCUCAGCCAAAGCUCCCCCACCCCAGCACCCCAAACCCAGUCAUGCAGAAAUACCACAUGGGGGCAGCCCUCAGCAGAGAUCUUAAGUGAGGGAAAGUAGCAGAUUGGUCUCCGUCGUUGCCACUCAUCCCCAGGUGCAGUGCCCUCCCUGCAGUGGCCAGUGGCCGACGUCCCCAAGCUUGCUCCUGUGACAUCUGUACAUAUCCUCUACUUGGUGGAGAGAAUGCAGGCCAGUGUGCAGCACCCAUGAGUGAGCAAGUCAGUACUUUCCUGCUGGGGAGAGUUGGUGUGGGCCGACUGUAUAGCAUGAAUUCUGAAGAUGUCUACAUGCUAGUACACCUAGGUUCUCCCGCCCUACUGGCCCUGGAGUGGGCAGGUGCCAAUUCCUACCAGUCUAGGGCCCUAUCAUCCUGACCUGCAUUAACUCCUCACUCAUGCCCUUCCUGGGCACCAUGGCCCUAGCUGAGGGUGUGAGAUCCAGCCACACUCUGUUAACCACAGCCUCAAGCCUGGCCAGAACAUUGUAAACCUCACCAGAAAAUCUGUCGUCAGACCAUGUGUCCCCAUUUUGGAUUACGAAAGUAUGAUUGCCACAGAUACAGUGGGAUCACAAAAGGUACCCCAGCCUUGUCCUGCCCUUCAUGUCUGGGCUCUUAUCCAGAUCCCACAUCUCUGGGGUAUUUCCUCACCAGUCCCAGAAGCAAUUAGUCAUUUUGCUAACCAGAGAGCCCAGGACCAGCAGACCAAAGAUGUGGACUUUUCCGUUUUUGCUUUCUUUUUUUGGCAGGGUAGAGGCAAGAGACCAAAGGGGAAAGUCAAGAAUAAUGGUCAGAAGUGGUUUUCGAAGGCAAAGGACUCAGAUCCCCAGAUGCCACAGAGCAGGUGAUGAUGUCUGCUUUCAGGUCAGGGCCAUAGCAGGGCAGCUGCUACACAUUGGAGAAGCAGGGCAGAGGACAAGAAGAUGCAAAUGGAUUAUGACAGCAGAUAGAAGCAGCCAGGAACAGGACUUGGGGUUCCAGAAACUGGGGUAACAAGGGCACCAUGGGGUCAGGGCCCUCAGAAUCUGGAGCUGCAGGCCUGCUCUGCCAUUCUGGGGCAUGGCUGGGUCUGUGCCAGGCCGUGUUUCCUUCACCCUCCUUACCCCUGGUGCUCGCUGUGAGUUCAAAGAAACUGAGGCUAGAACAUGAAGGCUGUGUUGGAAAAAAAGCAAGGAGGCUGGGGUGGCUGCGCAGAGUGAGGCAGAGGAGGAGUGGGCUGUGGGUAGAAAGGACACUGUGCCAGAUCGUACAGCUUCUUGCAUUCCACGCAAGGACUUGGAUUUCGCCUGGCAUGAGCUGAGAAGCACUGAAGGAUUUGAGGAGAGGAGUGACUUGAUAGCGUUUGUUUAGUCCUGGCUAGUUCAACAGAUAAACACAACAACUGAUUCCUAAGAUCUAGGGUAACCCAUACCUUCCCCUCAACUUCUUUCCUUUCCAUUUCAAGACUCUUAUGUCCUGCUCCAUCUGUCCUUCCCACCUGAGAAAGAGCUUCCUCUGCCCCUUCACAGGACUAACCCCUUCAAGCAACUCCUUUACCUCUUGAAAAUAAACUGCUUACCAAUUUCCCAGAAAACUUGUGAUGUUUGUAAAUCAUUACCUGUAAGAGGGACAGGACACCCCAGGAUUAUAAACAUUCAGUGUAAAUUUAACUCAGAGCUCUGGCUCCUCCCUCUGGAAUGUUUCCACCAAUCAAGCAAAAGUGCUCAGGGCAAGUCUUGCUUCAUCUGAUUGUCAGACUACUUUUCCCUCUUAUUUGGACUACUACCAAGACUAAAGCAGAUGAAACUCAAGUUUCAGGGCUGCUCUUCUAGGAAACAGGUCUGCCAUCAUCAUUGCCAGCUGUGUUGGAAUCUGUAACUUUAAUGGAUUGCUCUUUGUGGAAAUACUGAAUGCUAAAACAUACAACAAGACUAGUGCUAGCUCUGUCACCAUGGAGGUGUUACUUCGUGCCAAGUGUUUUCAGCGCCUUGCAAUUCCUGGUUCUAUGAGAGCAUUGCAUAAAGACUAUAGAACAGCAACUCCUCAGAAUUUCUCCAGCUAUGAAUCCAUGAAGCAGGACUUCAAACUGGAGAUUCCAGAGUAUUUCAACUUUGCUAAAGAUGUCCUGGACCAAUGGACCAAUAUGGAAAAGGCUGGUAAGAAACCUUCCAAUCCAGCCUUCUGGUGGAUCAAUGGGAAUGGAGAAGAAGUGAGGUGGAGUUUUGAGGAACUGGGAUCUUUGUCCAGGAAAUUUGCCAAUAUACUUACAGAUGCCUGUGCUCUGCAAAGGGGAGAUCGAGUAAUUGUGAUUCUGCCCAGGAUCCCAGAGUGGUGGCUUGCAAACGUGGCCUGUCUUCGAACAGGUACAGUUUUAAUUCCAGGAACCACUCAGCUGACUGAGAAAGAUAUCCUCUACAGACUACAAUCUUCAAAAGCAAAGUGCAUUAUUACCAAUGAUGUUUUAGCCCCAGCAGUAGAUGCUAUUGCACCUAAAUGUGAAAAUCUGCACUCCAAGCUGAUUGUGUCUCAGAACUCCAGAGAGGGGUGGGGGAACCUCAAGGAAAUGAUGAAACAUGCCAGUGACAACCACACCUGUGUGAAGACAAAACAUAAUGAGAUCAUGGCCAUUUUCUUUACCAGUGGAACAACUGGAUCUCCUAAAAUGACCGGACACACCCACAGCAGUUUCGGCUUAGGAUUAUCUAUAAACGGAAGGUUCUGGCUAGAUUUGAUACCCUCAGAUGUGAUGUGGAAUACCUCAGACACAGGCUGGGCAAAGUCUGCGUGGAGUAGUGUUUUUUCUCCAUGGAUCCAGGGAGCAUGUGUAUUUUCACACUACUUGCCCCAUUUUGAGCCAACUUCCAUCUUGCAAACACUCUCCAAGUUUCCCAUCACAGUCUUCUGUUCAGCACCAACUGCAUACCGAAUGCUUGUACAGAAUGAUAUGACCGGGUAUAAGUUCAAAAGCUUAAAGCACUGUGUGAGUGCUGGUGAACCAAUAAACCCUGAAGUGACUGAACAAUGGAGAAACAAGACAGGCCUGGAUAUCUACGAAGGAUACGGACAAACUGAAACGGUGCUAAUCUGUGGAAAUUUUAAGGGAAUGAAAAUUAAGCCUGGCUCAAUGGGAAAGCCUUCUCCUGCUUUUGAUGUUAAGAUUUUAGAUGCACAUGGCAAUAUUCUACCUCCUGGAGAAGAAGGAGAUAUUGGCAUUCGAGUUCUACCUAACCGACCAUUUGGCCUUUUUACUCAUUAUGUAGAUGAUCCUUCAAAAACAGAUUCAACUCUACGAGGCAAUUUCUAUGUCACUGGGGACAGAGGGUAUAUGGAUAAAGAUGGAUAUUUCUGGUUUGUUGCAAGAUCAGAUGAUAUCAUAUUAUCUUCUGGUUACCGAAUUGGACCAUUUGAAGUAGAAAGUGCCUUGAUUGAGCACCCUUCGGUUGCAGAGUCAGCUGUUGUCAGCAGUCCAGACCCCAUCAGAGGAGAGGUAGUAAAGGCUUUUAUUGUUCUGAACCCUGAUUACGAGUCACAUGAUCAAGAACAACUUAAAAAGGAGAUUCAGGAGCAUGUAAAAAAAACUACAGCACCUUACAAAUAUCCCAGAAAGGUAGAAUUUAUUCCAGAGCUGCCAAAGACUGUCAGUGGGAAGAUAAAAAGAAAUGAACUAAGGAAGAAAGAAUGGAAAAUAGUUUAGAUUCAUUCCAUUAAUUAUUAUGGUAUUUAUAAAAUAAAUAUGGUAUCUAUAAAUCUGUGGAAACUGCAAGAUAAAAAAUGUGGUAAUACCUUUAUCAACUGUUGGUUUAAAAUUUUUUGUGGUUAUGACAUCAGGGCUGAAUUUUAAAAUGAAAUAUUUGGUAAAUUCCUC